CAAGCUCGGUCCGGUGCCCUGUUCCGUUCCUCUUGUGACCCCGGUCGCUCGUCCCAGCCCAACAGUCAAUAUGGUGAAGCAGAUCGAUAGCAAGGAAGAUUUUCAGGCAGCCCUGAAGAGUGCUGGAGAGAAGCUUGUAGUGGUUAACUUCUCAGCCACAUGGUGUGGGCCCUGCAAAAUGAUCAAGCCUUUCUAUCAUUCCCUCUGUGAAAAGUAUGGCAAUGCGGUCUUCCUUGAAGUUGAUGUGGAUGACUGCCAGGAUGUUGCUUCAGAGUGUGAAGUCAAAUGCAUGCCAAUAUUUCAGUCUUAUAAAAAGGGACAAAAGGUGGGUGAAUUUUCUGGCGCAAAUAAGAAAAAACUUGAAGCUACCAUUAACGAGUUAAGUUAAUUAUGCUUCCUGAAAAUGUAACCAGCCAUCAGCUGUGUAAACCUUUUUGUAUUUACAAGAAAGAAGAAUCAAGUAUGAAGACUAUAUACCCAGCUACCAUCUGAUUAUAAAUGACAAUAAAAUAUUAAUUCUA